CAACAAGAAUCAAAACACAAACAGAAACGCACGCGCUGCACGGAACAUUCGAUUUUUUGUUCUCGAAUUUCUUAUUCGUACAUAACGAUGUCAUUGGCACAACCGAUUGAGAAAUAUAGUAGCAGCUGCAUGAAAUGGCAAUACGCGUAGAUAAGCUCAAGAAUUGUUGACAUAGCCAAGUGCAAAGUCUGCGAAGAGCGCAAAACAACACGGCGAUUAGUCAGCAUCCGUCUAUCCCCGGUUUCUCUCACAAUCUCUCUCCUUGGAAAAAGUUCUCCUCGUAGAGAGCGAACAGGACGUGAUAAGAGUACAAUUUCGCAGCGUCAUGUCAACGGAAUCGGAAUUCCUAGAGGCCUACGAGCGCAUCAAGCUCUCCUACAAGGCGGCCAUGGCACAGGUCGAGCAAGCCGUAAGUCACGAGGAAGCCGAGUCUGAGGCGGCCCUCGCCGCCUAUGCGCAGGCGCUGCACAUGGUUGAGGAGACGUUCGCCAUACCCGUUGGCCUGCCGGAUGAGAUCGAUGUGGUGCAGACGCAGUGGAACGAUGCCUGUGCGAUAAUCCAAAAGCUAAAAAGCGCCAAGACGGAGAUCAGCUAUCGCCUUCAAGUGCUGCGGGCCAAGCAGUCGCCCAUUGAUGAGAGUGCCAUGGAGGCGCGGGAGCCGGAAGUGCCAGAUGGACAGUCGCCGAGCAAGCGACCACUGCUCGCAGAGAAUCCCAAUACAUUCUACGAUAUAGCAAAUGCCACUGGCAGACCGAAGACCUACAAGGAGCUGGCCGUUGGGCUGCGUGAACUGCUGGCCUGUCACGAUGCGCAAGCACAGCUGGAUGAGCUCUUCCAGGCGCAAGUGAAGCUGUACAGAAUCGAGGCUGGUGGCCAGGUAGCCACGCUGACAGGCAGCACCAAAAUGUCCCUGAUUAUGUGCACCGUGGGCGGCAAAUGGAAAUAUUUGAAUGGCAUUUACUUUAUACAGUGCGAUAUGCCGCAACCGGAACAGUCCACAGAGGUGGGCAUGCCGAUCUGGCUAUAUCCACUUAUACCCAAUGUAUCCAAUUGCUAUCGCACCGAGUACGGCGCCUUCAUUUUGCCGGACAUGGAAUCAGCGCAGCCGGGCAAUGCCUUUGGCAUUAUGCUGGAGCGGCCACAGCGUCCGCUUAGCACGAGCGCCGGCGAGACGGAGGAGGAGCAAAUGGCCGAUUUGCAGCAGUUCUUUUUGGAUCUGCUCGAGGCCGUGCUGGCGGACACUGUGGAGCAACUGCAAUCGCCGCGCACACGACGUGCUGAGGCACAGCUUGGGCAGGCAACCAGCUCGGAGCAGGUGUCCAAGCACAUUGUGUGCGCAGCGGAUUUCAUAGCGCGCAAUCUGGUCAAAGGCGCCGAGAAGACAGGUGGACUCAUGAUGAGAACUACGCCAUAUCUAAUAUCCAAAAUGGCGCCUGCUGCACCAGAUGGCCAGACUCAAGUUCCCAGCUCGGUGCAGACGGGCGUCGAUGUGGCGCAAAGGGUGACGCACGCGGCGGCCGGCAUGACCGGCUGGAUAGCCGGCAAGGUGGGCACAGCCGCCAUGGCAGUGGGCGGCUAUCUGGCACCACAGGUCCAGACCCAGGGCUCACGGCUGUUGCAGAAGGGCUUCGGCUAUGACACCAGUCAGGCUAAUAGCGCCAUGGAAGGUGCCCUGACAAUUGCCGCCGGCGCCGUGGAGGGCUUCUCCACGGUGUUCGAUGGCCUCGAAACAUCGGCCAAGAUUUUGGGCAACAGCCUGAGCGAGAAUUCCGUCAAAAUAAUUGAGCACAAAUACGGCUCUUCGGCUGGCACUUUGGCUUGCGGCACAUUUGAUACGGUGGGAAAUGCCUUUAUCAUUAGCCAAAAUGUCAACAUUAUAACGCCUAAGGGUAUGGCCAAGAAGUUGGUCAAGAAAACGGGCGAAGCGGUUGUCGUCGAAUAUAAACGUGAUUUGCGUAAACCGGAAUCUCAAUAUAUAAGUGCGGGCGCUUUGUAUCCGGAUUUGCGUGCACUCAAGGAAUAAUAGACAAGUGCACUGGAGCUGAUCAUAUUGCUUAUAUACCAUAAGACUUUCCAUUUAAUUCAUUGAUAUUAUUCUGUAAUCUCCGCUAGUCUACCUACGUUUAUAUAUUGUUACAAUUUCCAAAGAAUUGGUUGAUAUUUAUGAGUAAUCUCUGCUAGACCACAUAGUCUAUAAAUAAUGAAUAUCCUUUAUUAUAAAAAUAAAUAAAUAUAAAAUAAAGAGAAUUAAAUAUUGAAAUCCCUAAA